AUGUUGUUCUUCGGAGUCACCAUCGACUUGCAUGACCCCGUGAGCAUCACCAAGCUCGGUCCUUCCGCUCAAGAAUGCUGGUGCUGGCUCCACUUCCAAUUUCCUACCAUUGCAUCAUCCAUUCUAAAUGAAUCCAAUUACAAGCUGCCCAUGUUGGUUUAUAAAACCGCGAGUCCGCAAGAGAUCAGCCAGUGGGCGCAGCGCACUCUCGUUGUCCAUCCACCCUCACAUAUCAACCUCGACCAAUUGCGGGUCAACGAGGGUCAGAAGAAGGUCCCAUCAUCUGAUGGAGACCAUACAUGGAUGCAUCUUGUCCCUGGCGAAAUCACCAAUGGGGCGGUCUCUAAAUUCUGUCUGCUGUUCCAUACCCAUCACUCGCCAUUCGAUGGCGCAGGGUCAAAGAUCAUCGUGAAUCACUACCUCACGCAAUUGGCGAAGGUGCUCUCUGACUCCUAUGGCGCAUCAGAGGAUACAUACAGAUUUAGCGCUCGCCCAAAAGAUACAGGGUGGCUGAAGACGCGUCGCGCCGAGGUCCUCUUCACAAUGGAGGAAUCAGCAGGAAUUCAAACUGCCUUGAGGAUCUCUGGGUUUACACUUACACACCUUGCUAAUUUCCGAGGCCGGUUGGAUCCGAACCACGCGCUACAUCCAGGCUAUGUCCUUGGUGUUUUCAUGACCAGGAUUCCGGUGUCAGUGUUCUUGUCCCCUGACGGAACUGUCUUACCAUUAGACAGGGACAUGCUUCUAUGGGUGGCAGACAUAGCCAAGGGACAGUAUCAAGCCCACAUAGAAUUGCCUGCUGGGUUGAGUUGCAUGCUGCAGGUUGGUGAAGCAUACACCUCGGCCAUCAUGCCAGCUGUAUCUGCAAACAUCCGGUUCAGCCCAUACUGUCAUAUUGAUAUAUCCAAACUGGCUUAUUAGCCAAAAACCCUGAUACAUCAUUCAGUUUAGCUAUCCACUGUAACACUAUCUAGGUUGAUGUAUCCUUGGGUGGAUCCCAGCAGUGGCUUCUGUAUACAUCAUUCCCAGCAUAUUUUCGCAUUUUUGGCCACCUACCCCCCCACAAUAUUCUCACACUUCAUAGCUCCGCAUUUUGGGCCACCUACUGUGGGAAUUUCCCCACAACACCAAAAACAUCGCCCAUUUUGGGAAUCUCCACAAUAUCAAUUAUUCCCACACCCUCCCCACCUUACUGCAGCUUCACCACUACACCACAAUAGGUCCCCCCUUGUAUCUAAGUAGUAGUUUGGUAUAUAC